AUGGGAGGCCGACGUGCGAGCCGCAGGGCAAGGCGACGCGCGACUGCAGGGCAGGUCGGCGCGCGGGCUGCGGGGCAGGGCGGCGCGCGAGCUGCAGGACAGUGCAGCGCGCGGGCCGCUGGGCAGGGCGACGUGCGGGCCGCAAGGCAGGGCGACGCGCGGGCUGCAGGGCAGGGCGACGCGCGGGCUGCAGGGCAGGGCAGCGCGCGGGCUGCAGGGCAGGGCGGCGCGCGGGCUGCAGGGCAGGGCGACGCGCAGGUGGCAGGGCAUGGUGACGCGCGGGCCGCAAGGCAGGGCAACGCGCGGGCUGCAAGGCAGGGCGGCACGCGGGCGGCAGGACAUGGUGACGCGCGGGCCGCAAGGCAGGGCGACGGGUGGGCUGCAGGGCAGGGCGGCGCGCGGGCUGCAGGGCAGGGCGGCGCGCGGGGUGCGGGGCAGGGCGGUGCGCUGGCUGCAGGGCAGAAAGGCGCGCGGACUGCAGGGCAGGACGGCGCGCAGGCUGCAGGGCAGGGCGGCGCGCAGGCAGAGAUCAGGGCAUGGCAGAGCGCAAGCAGGGCAGCGUCUGGGUCGCGCGCUAGGCAGCAAGUGGGCAGCGCGAUGGGCAGGGCAGAGCGCGUGGGACAGCACAGGCAGGGCAUCGUGAUGAACGCUAAAUAG